UCUCGAUCUGUCGGCUUCGACUUUGCAUCCAAGGACACCACCUCGGAUUUGCAUCGGUAUUCAACAACCGUACCUCUCUCUUCCAAGCAACGCUUGCCCAUCAAUCUCGCGACGAGUCAACCACCAAGUGAUACCCCCUUAUCGCAGUUUUACGGCCCCACUCUCCAACCUUCCUAUCCAGGUUUCCCAGCAGUGACAGGCCCUCGACUGCUGUGCGACUCCUCCCGAAUCUCUCGGCCAUCACUCGGGUUACCUUCCCGGCACCCACACCCAUCCAACGGCCCGUCCCCGUCCCCCUCCCCCUCCGGAUUCCGUUUCCAAUGUCGGAGACUCAAGAGAGCCCCAACCUCGAGGACCUGACGCCAGAGGAGGCAAACCGCAUCAUCCACUCCCACCGCAAGGUGCGCUACGGCACCGCUUGCUGGCCUUGUCGGCAGAGGAAAGUCAAGUGUGACAACAAAAGCCCCUGUGAAAACUGCGUCAAGAGGGAACACCCUCAGCUGUGUUCCUACAAGCCCAACAGGUCGGCCACCGGCAAGAGCAUCUCGUCCGGUUCGGAAUUCCCCACACCAUCGAAGAAGAGAGGGCGCUCGCCGGACGAGCGAGCCGCCCGGAGGAGCCUGAGCGACGAGGCGCGCGAGGCCAUCAGGGCAUACGAACCCGAUAACACCGAGACUACGCGAUAUGUGGGCCAGAACAGCAUACCAGCCCUGCUCCGAGAGACAGCCUCGGGCACCGAGCCGCAGGAGGUCGUCGGGAUCCGCCAAGACAUGCAAUCCUUACUCGGCCUGGACAACUCGGCGCCCUUCCCGCUGAUGUCUUCGCGCCAUCUGGAUAGGCUUACUUCGGAUAUCGCGUCCGAGCUGCCGUCCGAUCGGGAAGUAAUGAAACUCUUCCGGACGUACAAGGAGAUACCACAGCCGUUCUGGGGCUUUGUCAUCGACAUUGACGACCUGGAAUCACGCCUCAUGGUCUACCUGGAGGACCGAGCAAAGAACGCAAGAGCCUCGACCAAAUCGACAAGGCCUGUCUCAGCAUCCUGGUUGGCCAUCCUCUUUGCCGUUCUCGCCGUCGGCUCCCAGUACCACGACUCGCCGUACCAUGUUCGAACAAGGGACGCGCAGAAGUACAUUCAGAUAUCGUUCCACUUCCUUCGGCUCGGCAACUUUCUGCUGAGGCCCAACCUCGACUCCAUCCAAGCAUUGCUCAUGACCAGCUUUGUGCUGCUCAAUGACAUGAAAGCGGAAGCCUCGUGGGCGCUGCUUGGCCUCACCUGCCGGCUGGCGCAGUCACUUGGUUUGCACCGUGCGCAGCCACUUGAUGGGCGGCAAACUCCAAACGCCUCUAGGAAAGAGAUGGCGAGGAGAAAGCUAUGGUGGACAUGUUUGUGGCAUGACACGCUAACCUCUCUGUCUUUCGAUCGCUCCCCCAUGACCAACAUCCCUUGCUGCCCAAUACCCCUGUCUCCAACAGCCAACACCGAGGGGUGGGCAUACCUCGAAGCAAUGUACCACCUGUGCCAGAUCAUCUCACAGAGGCUGAACCCUGAUGCUAUCGCGACCGCCACCUACGCGCGGAUCUUGGACAACUGCGAUGCGGUCACGAAUAUUCGAAACAAAUUGUUGCUUCAGCUCCGCAACAAGGACACGUGCAAGUCGGCCUUGGACCGGCUGCAACAUUUCGCGAUACGAUUGCAUACGUCCUUUAUCAUCUCGGUUUGCUGCCGGCCUGCUCUGAUGCGGCGAGACAGCAACCACCUUGACGCAACGCAAAAGAAGUUCCUCGCCGACAGGUGCAAACAGAACCUGACCGAGACGGUUCGGAUGUUCCUCGCCAUGCACCAGCUCUCCGUUAUCCCGACGCGGUCUUGGGCCUUCACCUACCACGGCCUCUCGUCGGCCGUCCUCUUGGGGCUGCUGGGCGAAACAAAGGCCGACCCGGAGGUUCGCCAGCUGCAAGGAGACCUCAUUUCAGCUUUGUCGGCGACGGCAGCGAAAGAACAGACGUCUCCUCAGCCACAUAUUCGCAAGUCGGACCUCGACAUCGAGCUCUCGGGUCCACUUUCGCGAGCUUUGGAGGCCCUCAAGAACAUCUAUGACCACGGAUCCGUAAUUGGGCCACAGAUCAAGAGGGAAGGCAGCAUCUCGGGGCCGGCCUCGGGCCGGCGCACACCGCUGCCUCACAUGCCGCCGUCCGGGAGCCUCACCAAUGGCGCCAUGGCCAGUCAGGAUUCUCGCUCUCUGUCGGCGACUCUGGAUCCGCAUCAGAAUGCGGCCCUGGCCAUGACGGAGCUGCAGCAGCAGGGCGGCGGGCCGGCUGCUGAUUUCUCCGCCGGUAUUCCCUUCUCGAAUGGUUCUUUCGAAACCGGGGCUCAGCCGCUCUCCGAGAUGCCUGGUUUCGAUCCGACCAGCUACAUGUCGCCCAUGGAUCUGUACGAUUCCAUCUUCUGGGAAUCCCCCGAUCCCUUCAACACUGGGUUGGAUUCGAUGAACUUUGAUUUUCUUGCCCAACCCCCGCCAGGGCAGCCGCCACAGCAGCAGUUCUACUUUUGAUACGCAUCUAUCUGCCGGAGUCGUCUCUUGUAUGUACAUUCGGCGUGAUAAUGAUUGGCCAAGUUACAUCAAAGAACAUCAUGGCAGAGAACUGUUACCUCACUGAGCUUUGGUGGCCGACCGUCAUCGUGAACCGUUCAGCCCAUAUUCGGCGCUGCAACAAGGCAAUCCAGUGCACGGACUGUUCUCAGACUGGAGAAAGUCCUGCCCAGCAAACGUCCUUGCUGAUAGCAGCCCAGUUUCAAGGGAAGGGGCAUUCUCCACCAUGUCAGCCUUGAUGCGAAGGCACUACUCGGGUACCGGCCCCCCAUCCUCGAGCAUCGUUAGAUCCGUCUCCAACUGAA